AUGGUUACAACUUCGAACGAUUUGGGAAAGAAUAUUAAGGAUGAGGCAUCACCACUGUCUCUUUCAUCUACGUCAACCACUUCUUCGAUUGCACACGCUUUUGAAAACGUUUCUAGGCGUAAAGUUAAGAAUGGGAAAAAAGUCAGCGGAAAGAAACUUUAUGAUAAAAAUAAAUACAAUCGAAGCGGGGCUAAUUUGUUAAGAAACAAAACCAGAGAACUGAAUGAAAAUAUCGACAAAGUGUGUGGGAUUAAUGAAAAAAGCCUAAUCGGUAAAAAUAGCAGAAAAAUUAAUCACAAUAAAAGGUCAGGACAACAUAAAAAUAUUUUAUAUGAUGAAUCAAAAAGACAUGUAUAUACUGAUGUCAACGGCGAAAGUCUGAGGAAAGAAACCAGUGCUACCGAGAGAUCGGAUUGCAGAAGUUUCGUAACCAGUGCGACUCGGCCCGCAGCUGAACAAAUAGGAAAUAGACCCGAUUUCGAACACGAUAGGAGAAACAAUAAUAAGAAAAUAACUGAAUCGGGAUCCAAAAUGAAUGUCAAAAAUUUCACACUUGAAAUCUUGACGACAGGAAGGACCAAGCCUGAAAAAUCAGAAAUGUUUAAAAACAUCAAUUCUAGGUUGAAUAGAACUAAAGAAGCCGAAAUUAAAAAUGUAAACGAAGAAGUUAAAAAAUAUAAACGUAGGACAACUCCUGCUUCAAUGGCUCAAAGAAGUAUUCCCGAGUCUUCAAGUACCUCUAAAAAUGCGUAUUCAUAUUCCAUUACUACCAGUGGCACGAUAUCUAAGUCAUCUUUGACAAGAAAAAUCGAUAGUGUCGCCGAAAACAAUAACAAGUCAAAUAUUACGAACAAAGGUAGAACCUAUGAAUCAGAAGCAAAAGAUUGGAAAGCAAAUACAACAGCCGAUAUAAAUAAUUCAAAUUUGUUAAACGGUAAAGAGACAAAAGUUAAUUUGACAGAAUUAGUUGGAAAAGAAAAGCAUACGAAUAAAAAUCUCAAAUUGUACGAGCAACAAAAUGUACCUGGAGCAAAUUUAAAUAAGAACAAUUUUGGGUUAAAAGAUCUAACAAAAUAUUUUACAAAAGACAAAGGAAGAAGUUCUACAGAAACGAAAGAUCAAAAAGAAAAAUCGGCAAAAAACCCAGAUAAAAAAAAAGUUUCAGUUGAAACAAAAGAUAAAAAAGUGGAAAAUGAUGACAAAGGAAAAGAGUUUUUGUCAUCUAUCCUUGACCCAGCCUCUUCAAACAAAAAUUCAAAAUUUUCUGAUCCGAGAACCAAGCGACGUAGUCGUCUUAUCGUUGUUGCUUACGAACAAGAGAAGUACCUACCAUUAAGUUACAUUCCAUUUCUUUAA